GGAUUGCUGGUCUUUUUGCAAUACUUUGUUGACAACACAGAUGGAGAGUUUGCACAAUACGUUUCUGCAUCCAUCUCAGAAUAUGGCAAACAUUAAUCCAUGGAAGAAUGUUGGUGGCUUGAAAGAUCGACCUAGAAUUCAUUCAAAGGAGGAUACGACAUUACGUGAAUUACGACGUAUUAUUGGCGUAGGUCCUUCAGUGAUAUAUGAAGUUAAACAGAGUUUUCUUUCGGAGGCCAAGUCCUGGACUAAAGUUAAGAAAGGAUAUGAUAAGGAACAUAUAGAUGCGUGUGCACCUUACAUACAGAAAUGCGCCGAGGUUUGUUGGCUGAUGGCUGUGCAUGACCCACCAUUGUACAUGAAGAUGGAUGUGAAACCUGGUGAAAAGUUUGAUCCAAAUGUCUAUACAGUUUAUUCUUUAUCUGGAAAUGCCAUAGACUUCCUUGUAUGGCCACCUCUACUUAACGGUAAAGAUGGUGGACUUCUGGCUAAGGGUGUAGCAGAACCUCUGAGAACUGUUAUCAAGAAAAAGUGAUGCACAUUUGAAAGUGAAUUAUAAAUAGAAACAGCAUUAAUACUUAAUGCUUUCUAUAAUACACAUCUUGUCAUGAUGAAUGUUGUUGCUAAAUGUUGUUUAAUUGUAAAGAUGGUGGACUUUUGGCCAAUGGUGUAACAUUUCCUCAAAGAAUUGUUACAAAGAAAAAGUGAUGUGAGUUUGAAAUAAGUGAAUUAUGAAUGGAAACAGCAUUAACACUUUAUGCUUUCUAUAAUGCACAUCAUUUUAUCGUUUUUGUUGUUGCGAAUGAUAACUGUGGAAAUACCAUAGACUUCCUUGUAUAGCCGCCUAUUCUUAACGGUAAAGAUGGUGAACUUUUGGCUAAAGGCAUAGCAGAACCUCUUUGAAUUGUUGGAAAGAAAACGUGAUGCGAGUUUGAAUCGAGGGAAUUAUCAAUGAAAAUAGCAUAACGUUUAAUGCUUUCUUGUUAUUGCACAUGUUUACAUGGUAAAGGUUAAGGACAUGUUACAUGGGAUUUCUUCGUUGUCCAAGCAGAACCAUUAUCAUAGGCCCUUGCAACGAGUUAGUAUGGUUCGCUGUGGGGCUUUAAUAAGCUCUCUGUUUGUCCCGCAAUGACAAUAAUUUUGACAUCAUGAAGGGAAUUUAGAAUAACCUGAUAAAAUGACCGAUUGCAACGGAGUGUUGAUCACAAUAACUACAACUUUAUCUUGCAUAAUUCUAGUAGUAUCCCCCAUUUGCUCACCAGAGUACAGAGUUGAAUUGUUUUCAAAUCGCAUCUCCUAAACCAUUCACUCAGUUUCAACCAGGAAUCUUCUUAGAUGGUCCUCAAUGACAGGUGGUAAUCAGAGAAAGUGUACAGCACAAGAAUAAUCGAUAUUCUUCAAAAGUAUUUGAAUAAGCUAACUUUUUUUACUUAAUUAACAUUUCAGAUAUUUUAAUAGAACUUAACUUUAUUUAGCAUGCACACUGAAAGAAUCAUCAAUCUAGCUAUAACCUAAGAGUAAUCUUUCUUUUUGUGCUUAAUUUGCAAUUUUUACGGAACAUUUUUACAGUGACUUUUAGUACAAAAACUGUUUCUGUUCAAUAUCUUAAAAACCCCUUGGCCUACAAUUUUCAAACUUGAGAUUCACAUUUCUCUCACAGUGACUGAAAGUAUAAAAAGUGGUUUCGGUCAAAAUCAUAAGAACCCUGGACCUGAGAUCCUGGCUAACGAAAGAUCGGUGGUUCUACCCAGGUGCCCGCUCUUGAUGAAAGAGUGCACGGAGGGGCACCUGGGGUCUUCCUCCACCAUCAAAUCGGGAAAGUUGCCACAACUCUGAUCUUGCAAAGUGGAAUAAACACAAAUGAUCUCAGGUGCACAAAUUCACAUGCUGAAUAAUAUUCCUACAUGAUUUCACGACGCUAGGUGAAUUUUUUUAAGAUAUAUAAGAAACACAAAUUGUUGAACAAUUUAUGUGUAUUUUUCACUAAGUCAAGGACCAUAACUCCGAUCUGGCUAGAUGAAAUCCCAAACAGAACACCAGGUUAACAACUUCACAUGCUUUAUAACCAUCCUGUAAUGACUCUAAGUCAAAUACCUUUUGAGAUACAAGUGACACAAACUUGUAUGCAAUUUAUCUAUAUUUUGAGUUAUGGGCCAUAAAAUUGUCUGACGGGAAGAAACCCCACACAAAAACAAAGUCAAAUACGUUUUAAGAUAUGUACGACACAAACUUUUAGGCCUAGUUUUGACUAAGUCAUGAGCUAUAACUCUGUUCUGGAUUAAUGUACUCUCUACCAAAACCACAGGUUCACAACUUCCAAUGCUGACUAUUAUUCCUGUAAUGUUUUAUAAUUCUAGGUCAAAUACUUUAGAUACCUUUGGAAAUACCUGUAACACAAACUAAGACCAUUUUCAUGCAUAUUUUAUAUAAGGGUCAUAACUCUCGUCUGACUGUGUGCGAUCCAAAUGAAAACACCAGUUGCACAACGUCACGUGCUGAUUAACAAUCCCCUGAGGUUUGAUGACUCUGGGUAUAUACUUUUUGAGAUAUGCACAACAAAAUGUCGGACGGACUGACGCAUAAGGGCAACUCUAAAUACCCUCCCCACAAAUAAAAUCAUUUGAGUGGGCACAAAAUCUAUAUUAUCAUGUCAAAGUGUGGUCUAAAAGCUUUGAUAUUCUUCUGAAUAAUAACAGGCUCUAUAGAUAGGAUCAUGCGAUAAUUUAUCACGAAACACAGCUUUUUAACAUAAUAAGACACUCUGCAGACAAUUUCACUUUUUUAACAUAAUAAUAUGGCAACAUGAUAUAAUAAGGCACAAUUUGGGUAAAAUUACAGCUCACUUUGACGUGAUAAUUUAUCUUUUUUAAAUGAUAACGCGCUUUUUCGACAAGUCAACACCAAACUUUGACAAAAUAACAUGGCUGGUUCAUGUAACAAGACACUGUUUUGACAAGUUAACAUCACGCUCUGUCAUGAUAACAUGAAAUGUCCAAACGUAAGACAGCUACGGCGCUCCAUAUUAUGACUGAUGGCCAACGAUCAUUUGAAUCUAGUCUGUCUUAAACUCAUAUAUAAAUUUUACAUUUUCCCUUAUUGUAAUAUAAUUCUCUUUACAUCCAGAUUCAUAUACAUCUGUGAUCAAAUGAUGAAGCAUCAUGUACCAUAAGUUCUGUGUUGAAAUCCCCUUAGAAUUCAGGAUCUGACAUGCAAACAUUGCAAAUUUUACGGGGAGGACCCCUGUGUCUAGCUAACACAGAAAUUCGAACUAUACGUUUUUCAGAACGUUUGUUUUUUUAUCAACUACUGUUGUUUUGAAGAAAGAAUUGCACUGAAGUGUUUUAAUGGAAAAUGAAAAUUUAUAUUCCUUUGCUAUACAUUUACAGAUAGGUGCUUGACAGCAAGUAAUCGUAGAGAUUAUACGAACUUAAAUAUUAGACUUUAUAUGUUUUCUAUGAAAUUAACACUUUUCGCAGAGUUAGAACCAUUUUAGAGUAUAAAUCCUUGGAAAAAAAUGAAAGAGAAAGCAUGUUUGUUUUGGCCUGAAAAAAAAAAUGGCUCCAACAUAUUGAUAAAUAAAAUUAUGACCCCCAACUCACUGAAAACAAUCAGCUCCAAGUCAGAUUAACGAAAGUACUGAUUUCUAUUACACUGAUAGCUAUUUUUCUUUGCCUGUUGAAAUCCCCUUAGAAUUCAGGAUCUGACAUGCAAACAUUGCAAAUUUUACGGGGAGGACCCCUGUGUCUAGCUAACACAGAAAUAAUACAUUUUUUUCAAAAUUAGAUACCCAUUACAUUGAAAACAGCCCUUAAACAUAUAGAUCAAAGAAUGUGAGUAACAGUAUUUAUAUUUUCUAAGCUUUAUGAUAAAAAAAUCAUUAAAAUAUAAACUUUUCUUCAGGUUAAAAAGUAAAAAACAUGUAAAACUUCGGAUAAUGAUAGAAAUGACUUUCUCUUAAAAACUCAGCAGAAUGCAGGAUUAACUGUAUUAAAAAGCCAAAAUAUUGCAGGAUGAGGUUCAUUCUCGAAUAGUCUUCUCCACCCUUUUACACCCUGAUAUACAUCCACUAAUAUUUAGACUGUGUAUACACUGUAUGAGUCAGGAGUGCACACAACGCAUACAUAGUCUGUAUUAAUUACCGUUUAGUUCAGGAUAAUGUGACAGUGAUUUAGUACGAGAUAUACGCAGAGCUAAUCAUAAGCUGGUAUAGCACGCGCUAAGAGAAAAGAAAAAAUCCUUAUACAUAUAAUACAUUAAUGAUGAUGAUAACGAUUAUUCCUUUUUUUCCCCGCUACAAAAAGGAAAAACUUAUUGGGCUGUUAAAGAGUAACAUGUAACAAAGAAUUAAUCGUGUAACAUUGGCAUUUCCUUGUAUUCCGAAAAUGUCGAUGCGACAGCUUCAUUUCCCUUAAGAUAAAUCAAUUUUUGCUGGACUUUUUCAAUGCUGAGAUAAACGCUUGUUUUAACAAUCUAACAUCUAUUAAUUCAGUCAAUCAUAAUUCGCAUCUACUUUACCCUUCAUGACUGGCUCAAGGGCAAACAGGUCACACUUGCUAUUAAUGACUUAAUAACAGGCGCUGUUGUCAUAUGCACUGUGUGUUUGUUAGUUUGUUGUUUCUGUUUAUUCUCAUUUGUGUUUGACAAUUAGCUAUUACUUACGUAACUUUCUUUUGACAAGUUAAAUCUAAUUCAUUAAAUUUGAAUUAAUUAAAAAUUCUAUUGAAUGAAAUAAAAGUACGCAACAGACUCACAUUAAAGUAUGAUCUCUGAAAAUGAAGUAGCAGGUUUGUAAGCACCUUUCAAAUUAUAAACUUUUCCUGCUUUCUAUUAUUUUCUCUUUUUUUUCAAGAUUAUAGUACUAUAUGUUUCAUGUACAUGUAUGUUACGCUACCUGUUUUGAAUCGCUUAACAUAUAUGAUUUUGAUUUUGAUUUUUUUAUGACUUAGUUUCUUAAUGCAAAAGGAAAAAAGAUAAUAAAGAUCAUAUUUCAUAUACUGAUUAUAUAUGAUGCCAAAUAAAGUAACGUAAAUCUA